AUGCGCGGCGCAUGCUUACCCGAGGUUGGUCUACCCGUCGCUUCCUUCAAGCCCUCGAAGGAUCAGAGGAAGGCAGUCAACCAUUGGAAUGACUACGUGCUAGGCGAGGCUUAUAUGAAAGAGGCUUCUAGGCUUCACCCAAUAUCGAAAGAGGAGAAAGCUCGUGUCAAGAACACGUUUGACCUUAGUCGUGAGGUGCACAAGACCGAACUCCAGAAUGUUAAGCGCCCGCCUGAACCCGCACAUCGCUUCGAGGUGACACUCGAACCGGCAGCCUUUACGCCCGAGAAGUAUGAGUUGUUCAAGAACUAUCAGCAAAACGUACACAAAGAGAAACCUCAUGAGAUCUCUCAGUCGGGGUUCAAGCGUUUCUUAUGUGAUUCGCCGUUGAAGCAGACCUCUAGAACUGUCGACGGGAAAGAGCAGCUCCUAGGAUCAUACCACCAAUGCUACCGACUCGACGGACGACUCAUUGCGAUGGGCAUCCUUGAUCUGCUACCUCACUGCGUUAGCGGUGUCUAUAUGCUCUAUCAUUCCGAUUUCGAGCAAUGGCAGUUUGGAAAGUUGAGUGCGCUACGAGAAGCGGCAUUGGCGCUCGAGGGUGGUUACCAGUACUACUACAUGGGGUACUACAUCCACUCCUGCAUCAAGAUGAAGUACAAGGGUGACUACAAAACUCAGCAUGUUUUAGAUCCCGAGACGUACGAGUGGCAUCCGCUGGACGCUGAGCUACGCGCUCUGUUGGACAAAAAGACCUACGUCUCGAUGUCUAGGGAGCGUCGUAGGAAAGAGCAAAAGAGUGAUGAAGAGACGAGUGCCGCAACAGAGCAGGAUGACUACUCCGACUAUCCUCUACCAACAGCUGCCGAAGGUGGCAAGGCCAUUUCCGACGGCAUGUCAUUGUUCGAUUUGAAGGUACCAGGGCUCAUGACAGCCGAAGAAAUCGAACAGCAACUUGACCUGGCCACCAUGCCCAUCCGGGUCCGUGGACAGAUGGCGGAAGCUCAGGAUCUUGUCUCCUGGGAUGGCAGUGAUUUGAAGAACCCGCGUUCAAUCAAGGGCAUCAUUGGCGAGAUGGUCGCAUGCAUGGGCCCUGAAGUCGCAUGGCAGCACGCAGCCAUGUCCGCGUCGCCCCUUACACUCGUCGUGCGCCCCCGUGGCCGCCCGAUCAAGAACCUCCCGGAGACUAUCACCGUCCCAUCAGAUGCCACUGCCUCCCAGAUCUUUGAAGAGAUUGCAAAGGCCUCAAGGUUCUCAAUCCACCGAUUGAGGGUUACCAAGGGCAGCGAUGGCUCGCCGAUCAACAAUGUGCGCGAUGUCACGGUUCACGACACAGGCCUGAGGAACAAGAGUGCUGUGGAUGUCAAGGAUCUUGGUCCCCAGAUCUCCUGGCGAACCGUCUUCAUCGUCGAAUACCUCGGACCCCUCCUCAUCCACCCGCUCAUCUACUUCGGCCGCUCCCUCAUCUAUGGCACCUCGGCGCCCCCCUCGCAGCUCCAGAAGCUUACCUUCCUUAUGUGCGUCGCCCAUUUCGCAAAGCGCGAGUUCGAGACCCUCUUCGUCCACCGCUUCUCGUCGGCCACGAUGCCCAUCAUGAACAUCUUCAAGAACAGCGGCUACUACUGGAUCCUCUCGGGCUUCAACUUGGCAUACUGGAGCUACGGCCCUAACAGCCCGGCUGCUAAGCCUUCAAAUCCCCUCCUGACAUAUCUCGGCGUUGCCCUAUUCGCAAUCGGCGAGGUCUGCAACUACAGCACACAUCUGACGCUUAAGAACUUGCGUCGUCCAGGCAGCACUGAGCGCGGUAUUCCUAAGGGACUCGGCUUUGAUCUAGUCACAUGCCCCAACUACAUGUUCGAGGCAAUGGCUUGGAUCGGCGUGGCCCUCGUCAACUGGAGCUUGAGCACCGUCAUUUUCAUCAUCGUGGCUGUCGGACAGAUGGGUGUUUGGGCUUGGAAGAAAGAGAAGAGGUAUCGCAAGGAGUUUGGCGACAAAUAUAAGCGCAAGAGGUACGCCAUCUUGCCCGGCAUCUGGUAG